GGUUUAUUUUUAUUUUAUGUUAAUGGAACCAUCCUUGCAGUGCUGAAGAAGCGCCUGGUGAAGCUCGUGGUGAACUUUCUCUUCUACUUCAGGACAGACGAGGCCGAGCCCAUUGGAGCUCUGCUGCUGGAGCACUGCAGGAUCACCAAGGAGGAGGAGAACGUCUUCUCCAUCAGUUUCAUCGAGGAGCCAGAGAGGAAAUACUGCUUCGAGUGUGCCAGUGAGGAGCAGUGUCAGGAGUGGGUCGAGGCCCUCAAACGAGCCAGCUACGAAUUCCUGAGGAGGAGCUUAAUUUUCUACCGGAAUGAGAUCCAGAAGAUGACAGGGAAGGACCCCCUGGAGCAGUAUGGCAUCUCGGAGGAAGCCCGUUUCCAGCUGGGAACACACCAGCAGGAAUUCCCUCACCUGGGCUGAGCUGGCUCCUGAGUCCUGAGCAGGCUCCCCAGGGCCACCCCAACCCCUGGGAAGGACAGCAGAGCCCCACAGUGACCAAGGGACUCUUUUAUUUAUUACCCAAAUCAUUUUUUAUUCUUUUUUUUUUUUUUUUUUAAAGGGAAUUUCUUGUACAUUCCCACUUCCUCAGCUGGGGAGGCUCCCUUGUGGUGGGAGCAGAACCCCCUGGGAUGAGCAGAGGCAGGGGCUGACAGAGCUCCCAGCACCUGCUGUCCUUCUUCCAGGGCCUGGGGCUGCUGGAGCUCCAGCCCUUCUCCUCCUCCUCCUCCUCCUCCCUGUCCCUCUCCUGAAGGAGCUGCUCGGCUUUCCUGCCUCAGGAUCCUCCCUCAGUCUCCAAGGAGCCCUUGGGGCUGGGAGAGGUUGCUCUGAUCACAUCUCUGUGCUCCAGGGUUAACCCCCUGCUGUCCUGCCCUCUCCUGCUCCUGCAGAGCUGUGCUGGGGGCUGAUGGCUGAGCUGGUGAGCAGGGAGGGCUGGGAAUGCUCCCACUGACGCUGGGA